AAUCAAGAAUUAGACAAUUUGGUCCCUCAUUCCCCUUGGUGCACCCGAAAAAAUGUCCACGUUUCAUUGUUCAUUUUCUCUAUAUAAAGCACCCUUCUAGUCCAAGCCAGUCCAAUUAACCAAUAUACAACUAUCUUCUUUAAAGCUUCACAACUCUAGAAAUUGCAGUACAAAAGUAUUGCUUACAAAUAUAGUAAAAUUGAGUGUGUGGAAAUGGGUAACGCUGACAAUGAUGAGUAUCCAUUAUCAGUAAAUGGGGAGAGAAGAAAAGCACACAGAGUUGAAAUUCCACCACCACAAUCAUUUUUCAAGUCUCUAAAGAACACAGUAAAAGAAACAUUGUUUCCUGAUGAUCCACUUAGGCAAUUCAAGAACCAGCCACCUCUCAGGAAAUUUAUGCUUGGUCUUCAGUACUUUUUCCCAAUUUUCGAAUGGGGUCAUCGUUACACCUUUGGUUUCUUCAAAUCUGACCUUAUUGCUGGGAUUACUAUUGCUAGUCUUGCCAUUCCUCAGGGAAUUAGCUAUGCAAAACUUGCCAAUUUGCCACCUGUUCUUGGCCUAUAUUCGAGUUUUGUUCCGCCACUAGUGUACGCAGUAAUGGGAAGUUCAAGAGAUUUAGCAGUUGGGACAGUUGCAGUAGCAUCACUUCUCAUUGCUUCAAUGUUAGGCGAUGAAGUUAAUCCAACUGACAAUCCAACACUUUAUCUUCAUCUUGCCUUAACCGCCACAUUCUUCGCCGGAGUAUUUGAAGCCGCCCUUGGCAUUUUCAGGCUGGGAUUUAUUGUGGAUUUUCUAUCUCAUGCAACCAUAGUGGGAUUCAUGGGAGGAGCAGCCACAGUUGUGAUACUACAGCAGCUAAAGGGGAUACUUGGUCUUAACCAUUUUACUCAGUCCACUGAUAUCGUUAACGUCCUGCGUUCCGUUUUUACCCAAACGCAUGAGUGGCGAUGGCAAAGUGCGGUGUUGGGUUUCUGUUUCAUUUUCUACCUGCUCGCGGCUAGAUUCUUCAGCAAAAAAAGACCAAAGUUUUUCUGGGUAUCAGCAAUGGCUCCAUUGAUUUCCGUCAUACUGGGAACUAUUCUUGUUUAUUUCACUCACGCUGAAAACCACGGUGUUCAAGUGGUAGGGAAGCUGAAGAAAGGAUUGAAUCCAGUGUCAAUAACGGAUUUUUCAUUUGGAGCACCCUAUCUCUCGAUCGCUAUCAAAACAGGCAUUGUCACUGGUGUCGUGUCUCUUGCUGAAGGAAUAGCAGUGGGUCGAAGCUUUGCAAUGUACAAGAACUAUAAUAUAGAUGGAAACAAAGAGAUGAUCGCUUUUGGUAUGAUGAACAUCGUUGGCUCUUGCACUUCCUGCUACCUCACUACUGGUCCAUUUUCGCGAUCAGCAGUGAACUUCAAUGCAGGAUGCAAAACAGCAGUAUCAAACAUAGUGAUGGCACUGGCAGUAAUGUUUACACUGUUACUGCUAACACCAUUAUUCCACUACACUCCAUUAGUGGUGUUGUCAGCCAUAAUAGUUUCUGCAAUGUUCGGGCUCAUCGACUAUAAGGCUGCAAUUCAUCUCUGGCACGUCGACAAAUUUGAUUUCUUGGUGUGCAUGAGUGCAUACUUUGGUGUCGUCUUUGCCAGUGUCGAAAUUGGCUUAGUCAUUGCAGUUGCUUUGUCGUUGCUGAGGGUGUUGCUAUUUAUAGCAAGGCCAAGAACACUAGUACUUGGUAACAUUCCUGAUUCCAACAUCUAUAGAAAUGUCGAGCAUUACCCUAACACAGACACUGUUGAGGGCGUUCUCAUACUUGACCUUGGUGCACCUAUUUACUUUACCAAUUCUAGCUACUUAAGAGAGAGGAUCUAUAGGUGGAUUAACGACGAGGAAGACAAGCUAAAAUCUUCAGAAGAGACAUUGCAAUAUGUUAUACUUGACAUGGGAGCUGUAGGCAACAUUGAUACUAGCGGAAUUAGCAUGCUAGAAGAAGUCAAGAAAAAUCUUGAUAGAAGAGAUCUCAAGCUUGUAUUGGCAAAUCCAGGGGCAGAGGUAAUGAAGAAGUUGAACAAGUCCAAAUUCAUAGAGACACUAGGACAAGAAUGGAUAUUUCUAACUGUGGGGGAAGCUGUGGAAUCAUGCAACUACAUGCUUCAUUCCUGCAAACCAAAAUCUGGCACAGAUGGUUCAUUUAGCAACAACGUUUGAUACCUCUUUGCAACACUACAGUUAUUUAAUAUGUAUAUAUAUUAUAUGUUACUGCGAUGCGUCGAAUUUAUAACGAGGCUGUGUAACAUAUUGGCUUAAUUUGAGCUUUGAGUUGUUGGCCAAAUUCUAGACACACCUUCCGGAUUAAGAGUCGGAAGGGUCUUUUUUCCCCAUCAUUUAUGUACACGGUAUUAAGCCUAAUUAAAGGAAGUGUUUUACCUGUACGUU